AUGACCAUGAGUCCCCCGCGUGCCGCACCGACCAACAACAACAACAACAACAACAGUAACAACGCCAACACCGACAACGACAUCAUCUUCCGCGACCGCCGCGCCCAAAAGAUUCUCUGGAGUGGCGUGGCCCGGAACGAUGUCUUGUUGGCCGAAGCCGGGGACGAUCCGUGGGACGGAGCCGUCGCCGCCACGGCCCGGGCCUUGUUGCGCAAACCCGCCACACCGGGGUACGAAUUCCACACCCACCGCGUCACGCCACGGACUCUGGUCCGACGGUCCACGACCGACAAUUCCGUACUGAAGGGAAUCAAGUUUCACGUGCACGAUCAUCACAACACGGAUGGGACACCACUCGUGUGGGUCUUUGCGGCCGUUUACAAUCCAUCGUUGGAUAUUGAUCGGAUCCAGGUGCAGAGCUUUUUGGAAAAAGUGGUCGGACUUACCGAAUUGCCGCGGGACAACGAUCCGCUCUGGCACACCACGGGGACCACGCUCGCGGCGCAAAGCACCUUUGCUCCCAUACUCCUACAACGGAUGGAGGAAGUUACCUAUCUCGGAAAACUCAGUAUGCUCCACGAACGAUUGGACGCCUCCAAACAAAUUAUGCAGGAUAAUAUUACCAACAUUCUCGCACAAGAAGAACAGUUGCAGCGGAUGGACGAAGAGACGACCCGGUUGCAAGACAUGGCGGCAGUCUUUCAACAACGAUCCAAAAAAGUGCGACGCAUGAAAAUGAUGCAAAACGCCAAAUACGGACUCAUUCUAGGGACCGCCGUCACGGCCGGCGUCGCCAUUAUCGUGAUACCACCGCUCGUGGCUAUUUUGUAACAGUACACCGCGAAAUGUCGGUGUCUUUUUUAGAGACGACCCCUGCAUGGGUCACGCGAGAAAUGGUGCCUGUCUUUGUGUCUCUUAAUUUCGUGACAGUCGUCACAAACAUCGCCCAGUGUGUAUAGAAAAAAGCACUUUGUUUU